CAUGGCGACCUCCAUACUGCAGCGCUUUCUCCUACCGGUCAGGACUUCAUCUAAGUGUGUUGCUUUCAGCAUAAAUGGCAGAAGAUGUUUGCUUUCUGCUGCAUACACAGACACCAGAGCAUGGGAGCGAAGGGGACAAGACCCCCAAAACAUAGCUACACUGGCCUCUCUCAUGGACAAGUUGUAUGAGAAAAAGCUUCCAGUUAGUUCACUGACCAUCUCACGGUUUGUAGACAAUAUAACAUCUAGAGAAGAAGUCGAUCAAGCUGAAUAUUACCUAUAUAAGUUUCGACACAGUCCGAACUGUUGGUAUCUCCGAGACUGGACAAUUCACAGCUGGUUUCAACUGUGUCUUAAAUAUGGAGCCAGAGACAAAGCCCUGUACACACUGAAGAACAAGGUACAGUUUGGAAUGUUCCCAGAUGAGUUCACCUGUAAUAUCCUGAUUGACUCGUUCCUGAAGGAUGAAGACUACAAGGGAGCCUGCUCUGUGGUCGAGGAAGUGAUGCUUCAGGAGGCUUUUAACCUGCCCACAACGCAGAUAUUAUCGCUGUAUGCACUUAGCAAAUAUUUGUCAUCCAAGCCUGAACUCAGCUGGCAGGAGGAGAGGAACGUGGGGGCAGCUCUCAUGCUGGCCGGACUUAAGCAGGAGAACUCAGUCGGCCUCAGUGCUCAGUUAUUGGGUCAUGCCCUCAUUGGUAAGGUGGAGAUGACCAGAGGAAUACAUGCUGUGUUUCACAACAUGCCCCUGAUGUGGACCCCUGGCUAUCUCGGUCGAAGCCUGGCCGUUAUGGAGCGAGUGUGCUCUGAUGCUGGAAAUCUUAAAUUAGCCCAAGAAGUUCUUGACUACGUGCAGAAUGUACUGCAGCAACUCGCAUCGGUUCCUGUUUCUAAAGCAGCAGAGGAAACCACAGAAAAUAAAACUGCUAGCACAGACGAGGAAGACGAGCUCGAAAGAGCUAAAUUACCCGAGUACACGGCGAAGUUUAAGGAGCUGAGUGAGAAGCUACACGCGCAAGGGAAAGUUGAUACACAGAGUCUGGAAAUGCUUGCGUCCGCCCUGGUUGAGCAAAAACUGAGGGCUUGUGAGGAGCAGGACGUGGCUCAGUAUGAGAAGAGGUUGCAGGAGUGGGAGACGGAGCUCUCACAGCUCACUCAGAGAGAGAAAACUGGGAGAGAAAAAGCAAAACAAGAGAAAAUAGCCACGAAAGCAGCAUAAACGGUUCGGUGACAUUUCCACUGUGUGUACACAAUAUAGAAGAGCUAAUGCUUUUCAUACUUCUGAAUUCAUAAACUUUUUCUUUUUUUAAAUAAACUAAAGUUUGUCUAAACUAAA